UUGGAUAUAGAGUGUCUGUAAUUGCAAUUCCGUUUGUAAUUCAACUUUGACGGCUUCUACAAAUAUCUUGAGUCACUGACUAUGAAGCGCGUACUUUCAUUUUUUUCAAAGGCGUGUCGUUCUGAACGUUACAAAGUCACACUACAGCACAACUUAGGCAUGGAUUCAGAACAUUCAUUUCCAUCGCAACCUAAGAAAGGUAUGUCAUAUUUUUCACCAUAGCCAUGGGAUUCAAAAUCAGAAGUCUCAGCUUGGUAAAUCUUUUUCUUGUGCUUUCCCAUUUCCAUUUGGGUUUGAGCUUUGCAUUGAACACCAUCACCUCAGGUCACUUCAUCAGAGACCAUGAAACAGUGAGCUCCAAUAGCAGUGACUUCAAGCUUGGAUUCUUCAGCCCUCAAAAUUCGACAAACCGCUACGUAGGAAUCUGGUAUCUUUCUGAAUCUAACAUCAUCUGGGUAGCUAAUAGAAACCAGCCAGUGGUUGAUGCUUUUGGGACUGUCACAAUCUCCAAGGACGGGAAUCUUGUGGUAUUGGACAAACAGAAUAUUAGUGUCUGGUCCUCAAAUGUUUCAAACAUUGCAACUAAUUCAAUUGCAAAACUUUUGAACACUGGGAAUCUAGUCCUCUCUGAUAACAGCACAGGAGAAACUAUUUGGGAGAGUUUCCAAGAUCCUUCUAAUCUUCUAGUUCCAAAAAUGAAGCUCAGCAUUAACAAAAGAACUGGAGAGAAGGUGAAACUUACGUCAUGGAAAAGCCUUUCUGAUCCAUCUAUUGGAAACUAUUCUGCUUCUAUUGAACGCCCAGAUGCUCCCGAUGUCUUUCUCUGGUUUAAUGGAACUCGCCCGUAUGCUCGAACCGGUCCAUGGAAUGGUAAGAUUUUUAUAGGGUCACCCACAAUGUCAACUGGGUAUCUUUAUGGAUGGAGUGUUGGGGAGGAAGAUGGUGGAACUAUUUAUGUAACAUUUAAUUCUGCAAAUGAUACUACCUUUGCAGUUCUUGGCUUGAAUCCACAAGGCCAACUUUGGACGGUAUGGUGGAACAACAAAAAGGAAGUUUUGAGGAAGGUGAUUAAUGGCACUUACUGUGAUCUAUAUGGCAUAUGUGGGGCAUUUGGAAGCUGUAAUUCACAAAGUUCACCGAUUUGUAGCUGUUUGAAUGGGUAUGUACCAAAGAAUUUAGAGGAAUGGAAUACGCAAAAUUGGACUAGUGGAUGCGUGAGGAAGAAGCCAUUUCAAUGUGAGGGGAUUGCAAAUAGAAGUGAAAUGGAAGAAAAAGAUGGGUUUGUGAGACUUGAGAACAUGAAAGUGCCAGACUUUUUGGAGAGGUCAACUGCAACAGAAGAUAAUUGUAGAACACAGUGUCUGGAUAAUUGCUGUGUGGCAUAUGCAUAUGAUUCAAAUGGCAUUGGUUGCAUGCAUUGGAGUGGAGAUUUGAUUGACAUACAAAGAUUCUCAAGUGGAGGGGUUGAUCUUUACAUUCGUGUGCCUUUGUCUGAACUUGAAAAACAUUCACAAAAAAGAACAAUCAUCAUUGCAGUUGCAGUGACAAUAGGAAUUAUUACUUUAACAGCAUGUGCAUAUCUCUUAUGGAAAUUAUUGACCGUUAAUAAAUAUGCAGGUGGGAUAGAUUCACACAAUCAGUCUCAGAGAAUGAUUAGACAAGAUGAAGUCAAUAUGGAUGAGCUUCCACUUUUUGAUUUUGAAGAGCUUCUAAAUGCUACGAACAACUUUCACUCAUCAAACAUGCUUGGACGUGGUGGUUUCGGUUCAGUAUACAAGGGGCAAUUGAAAGAUGGACAACAAAUUGCAAUCAAAAGACUUUCAAAAGCAUCACGACAAGGGCAAGAAGAGUUCAUGAAUGAGGUUGUUGUGAUUUCAAAGCUUCAACAUCGCAAUCUAGUGAGGCUUUUAGGCUGUUGCAUUCAGCAAACUGAAAGGAUAUUAAUCUAUGAGUACAUGCAUAACAAGAGUUUGGAUGCAAUUCUAUUUGAUUCAAUCAAAAAGAAAGAAUUAGAUUGGCAAAAACGCUUCACAAUUAUUGAAGGAAUAUCUAGAGGUUUGCUUUAUCUCCAUCGAGAUUCUAGAAUAAAAAUCAUACAUAGAGAUUUAAAGGCUAGUAACAUCUUGUUGGAUGAAGAGUUAAAUCCAAAAAUAUCAGAUUUUGGUAUAGCUAGAAUAUUUAGAAGCAAUGAAGAGCAAGCUAAUACUAGAAGGGUGGCUGGGACAUAUGGCUAUAUAUCUCCAGAAUAUGCAAUGCAAGGGCAAUUUUCAGAGAAAUCAGAUGUUUUUAGUUUUGGAGUUCUCAUGCUAGAGAUUGUUAGUGGAAGAAGCAACUCUAGAUUGAAUAACGUGGAGGGAUCUCAAACCCUAUUAGGAUAUGUAAGUAUCUUUUGUACUUAUUAUUGUUGUAGAUAUAAGCUAUCUAGUUUCAUGCAUGGAUUUUUUUUAUAUUUUCAGGUGUGGAAGCUAUGGAAGGAAGAUAACCUUGUGUCCUUUAUAGAUUUAGAAAUGCAGCAUCAAGGUUCUUGUGAGGAUAUUUUACGAUGUGUACACAUAGGACUGCUUUGUGUGCAAGAAUUAGUGAAAGAGAGGCCAACUAUGGCCAAUGUAGUGUCUAUGCUUAGUAGUGAAAUUGCCAAUCUUCCUCUUCCAAGGCAACCUGCAUAUAUACUAAACGAGACAGGGUUCAAUUUUGAGCCUGCUUCAGAAGCACAGAGUUCACACUCUGCUAACUUUGUUAGCAUUACUAGCAUAACUGGAAGAUAGCAUUGCACUAUAAUGGGUGAUUAUGUCAUUGGUUUUGAUGUUUCUUGAAUCCAAUAU